AUGCCUGUUGGUGCCAUUCCCUUUCCUUUUGGUGAUUGUAGAAUAUGCAAUGAUAAAGCUACCGGUGUCCAUUAUGGUGUGGCCACUUGUGAAGGUUGUAAGGGAUUCUUCAGAAGGAGUAUACCGAAAGGAGAGAAAUACAAGUGUUUUUUCGGUGGCCAGUGUGUUAUUAGUCCUCAGAAUCGGAAUAGAUGUAAAGCCUGUCGUUUCAAGAAAUGUCUAGAUACAGGAAUGGCAAUAGAUGGUAUGAUAUUUCAAAUCCUCCAUUCCAAAUCUUGUUGA